GAUUUUUACAAUCGCGCCAACAUUAUUUAAACUGAGCAAACUGCGUCAGUCUUCGCUGACAAAGCUACAGUCAUAGCCUUCAUCUCUAGCAAAAUGUAUUCCUUGGUGAAGUUUGCAGUUUUCCUUAUCGUUGCGAUGCUAUUUGUCAGCCAGUGUAAAUGUCGGAGCCUUCCAGCGCCUCAGAGCGGCGGUGGUUUGACAGGCGGCCUCCUGGGUGGUGGUGACCUUGUAGGAGGCCUCGCUGGUGGUAUGUUAGGCGAGGUCAUCGGUAAUGAGGUCCUUGUAGAAGGCCUCUCUGAUGGUUUGACAGGCGAGCCCCUCGGUGGUGGUGGCAUUGUAGGAGGCCUCGCUGGUGGUAUGUUAGGCGAGGUCAUCGGUAAUGAUGUCCUUGUAGAAGGCCUCUCUGAUGGUUUGACACGCGAGCCCCUCGGUGGUGGUGGCAUUGUAGGAGGCCUCGCUGGUGAUAUGUUAGGCGAGGUCAUCGGUAAUGAUGUCCUUGUAGAAGGCCUCUCUGAUGGUUUGACACGCGAGCCCCUCGGUGGUGGUGGCAUUGUAGGAGGCCUCGCUGGUGGUAUGUUAGGCGAGGUCAUCGGUAAUGAUGACCUUGUAGAAGGCCUCUCUGAUGGUUUGGCAGGCGAGCCCCUCGGUGUUGGUGGCCUUACAGGAGGCCUCGGUGGUGGUCUAUAACUAAACGAAUAUUUUGGUCUCAAUAUUAAAAAAGAUCUAUAGGCUACAACAAUAUGUAAACACAUUCAAAGUAGUACAUUAUGUAUUAUGCAGUGUUCUAUAAUUAAUUAUAGAAUACUCUUAUAUUUAUUAAUAUUUUUAUUUUUUAAUCGGUUACAGAUUAAAAUAUGAUAUUCUCACAAUGUUACUUUUAACAUAUAUUGUGAAGCUACAUACAAUAUAAAUUUGUGUUAUCAACUUUUUAAUAAGUAUUUACGAAAUUCAUUUAAAAUACGUACUUUAUUUUCGAGCUUAUGUCACCACUACAUAUUAGUGAAAAAUUGAAUUAUUAAGGUAAUGUAACAAUUGUAUAAAUAAUUCCAAUUUAUUAUCAGAAAUAAACAUUUAUAUUUUGCGAACA